CUCCUUUUGUUGGUACUGCUACUAAGUUCUUAACCUCCAGUUGAUUUGACAAAUGCAUGCGUGCAGGGACUGCUCACAACUAGAAGAAAGGUUACGGCAGGAGAAUCGUCAGAUGAUCGUCGCUCAGUCAUUCUGGCGUAAGAAAAGGCUGGACAGCUGUCUGCUAAACUGGGCUUCAACUUCACGCAAACAGAGAACGCUCAAGGAUAUUCAAGAGCAGCACGCUUCACGUCUUAAGCUGAUUGACAAGUUUAUGGAUAAGAUAGCCGGGGCAGAGUCUCCGAAGCAGCUGGAGAAGCACAUGUGCAAGCAACAAAAUGCAAGCCUUCAGACCCAUCAGAUAGGAGGCCAAGGUGGUGGGUCGAUGGCUCAUGGUGACAACAACCAAGGGAACCGGAAACAGUCUGUACUCUCGAUUCCUGUGUCCAGCAAUACAGGCAACUUAAAGGACACGGUGACAAAUAGAGGUAAUACUAACAAUAGUAAUCAGCGGAAUAAACUGGCGGUGGGCACGGUGGCAACCGUCAUGCAGAAGGGGAAAGGGGAUUCAAUGUUAUUGAGGCCUGAAGCUUGUGCUUUGGAUGCCGAAGGAAGCAACUCAGAAUUAUCAACUCAGGGUGCCCAUAAUGUUGUAGUCCUGCAAUGCGGUACACCUUUUAGCCAAGGUACAGAGCAUCAUCUCAGAGUCAUCCCAGUCAAGACAGGCCAAAGCGCAAGCUCUUCCAAUCCAGAGCUACUGCUUGGGAGGGGAAACCAACAGGAAAUGUGCGGAGGUGGUGAGUUGCAGCGAUGGGCACCCCCCCAUUCGGUUGCAGGCACUCCGAGUAACCUCAGAGUCUCCGGGUUUGAGCCUAAGUCUCAUGACUGUGACAAGAUCCCUGGCAAUGUGGACACAAAUGGCACUACAACAGAUGUUGAGCACCAUCAUGUUGGCGCAAGAGAGGACCAGGUUCUCUGGCAGGAACCUUGUCGGUGCCUUACUGCCUCAGCAUCUCACCAUCCAUUGCGGGUUUCGAAACGUGCGUUAACUGAAGGGAGUCCAAAGGUCGACGAAGCGAAGUCGGUGAUGUGUGAUGUAUCAACUGACCAAAGCCUGCGUAGCAACAACAUAGCAAGAAGAAUCAGCGAUGGCAAUUGUCAUUACCUUGAAGGUCCUAUUGUUGACGGCAAUCUCCAGAAUUGCCGCAACGAUAACACGGGUGUGGGCUAUAUGAGCACCAUUGCUGGUGCUGGUGCUGGUGAUGGUGAUGGUGAUGGUGACGGUGAUGAUGACGACAUUGUGAUGAUCACCACGCCCCGGGACUCGGAACUGUGUGGUAAUGAACCGACUGAAUGUGUGCAUAUGCUGGACAGUAUUCUUCCUCAAGCUAUGGAUGCCAGUGGCAGUAAUCAUGACCAUCAAAUGUGCAGCAAGCUGAGAGUCCAAAGCUGUCGUAAGAAUGGUGAUUCCCAGGUGGUGGCUUGCCACAGGCGCUUGGAGAGGAGCGCAGGAGGUGUUCAAAGUCCUCUUUCGGAGUAUGUGGGCUGCAUCAAUGGUGAUUUUUGUGAUAAUGGUGAUCCAUGUGGUCGUGAUGGAGGAGAGGGUGGCCCAGAGACAAUGCAGCCUGGGCAAGCUCAGGACUCCAGCACCUGGAGUGAAAGGGGUUCGCUCGAGAGCCGCCGCUCUUGCUCCUGUAGUCAGAACCAUCGACAUUAUCCCACGGGACAGGCCAAUGCUUAUACAAGUGGCCAUGGCACUUGUAAUGGGAACAAUAAUGACGAAGGCAGCUGCAUGGUAGACAGAGUCGUUCGAUGGAAGGGCGCUGCAAUGCGAGAGCGGCAUAGGCCGGGCCAGUCAUUGGAUAGAGACCUCAUGAUGAAAUCUGAUGCUCUUGAAGUCUGUGAUCCUGGUCAAGCUGUGCACUUCACAUGGCCAGAUAGCAAACCUCAAUCCACAGAAGAGAGCGUGAGCACAGGGGUAAGAGAAGAGGGGGUAAGAGAAGACAGCAAACACCAGCAAGACGGAACCGUUACUAAGGAAAUAGGGCAAAAGCCUCCCCGCACACUGUUAUCAAGGCCGCAUGAUUCCACAUGCUCAAAGCUUGGAGAUUGCUCCUCACUCAAACAACCAUCCCUUCAGGUCAGUCCGGCAGAGUUCUUUCCACCACUCACCCACACAUCCGUACGUUCUUCAGGGUUCAUACCAAGGGGGGUAAGGCAACACAGCGGUGCUUCUUCGGUGAUGGAAUCAGAACCGAGCUCCAAGGACGGUAGACAGGGCACCACUGCAGCGACAGCAGCUCAAGGGGACGGAGUGUGCUGUGAUCAUGUAAAAGGUGAGCAUAGAAGUGGGAAAAAAAAGGGAACACAGGGGACUAAAACAGGAGAAAAUGACCAACAGGCUUAGCUCACUCAGUACACCCGUAA